CUGCAGCAACUGGGCUUGCCACAGUGCCCCUUCCUGCACUUGGAAAUGAGCUGAGUCAGUCAUGGGACAGGGCAGGGCAUUCCCUGCCUAUUGGGAAUUCCAUCUGUCCCACGUGUGUCCCAUCCGGCUCCUCAGUGACAUCCCACCCAUCCUGGAACAUGGAACUCCCCGUUUCCGAGGACACGUGGCCAUUGUAACCAGCACAUGGCAGGACAGGUCAGACCCUUCCGCGGCUGCAGCGAGAGCGGAGGUGUCAGAGCCUUUAGCGAGUGCUGUUCCAGAUUGGUUGGAUCUCACACCCGUUGCUCAAGAGGCUGAUCCACACCUGAGUGGAGACAUCACAAGAGCCCAAGCCAACAUUUCACAUCCUGCACCUGAGAAGAAGAAAGCAAUGCCCAUGAAGCCUGCAGAGAGUGAAGAGAAUCCUUGCAGUGCUGUUUAUCGCCGACCCUACAGGGACAGGGUGAUUCAUUUACUUGCUCUGAGGACGUACAAGAAGCCAGAGUUACUUGCCCGCUUGCAGAGAGAUGGAGUCAUGCAAAAGGACAAGGGUACCCUUGGCAAGAUCCUCCAGCAGGUAGCCAACCUGAAUCUAAAGGAUAAUUCCUUCAGUCUGAAGGAACAUCUCUUUCAAACCCUUCAGACUGAUUGGCCUGGCUACACUGACAUGGAUAGAGAGAAUUUGAAGUUAAUCCUUGCUAGGAAAUCGGCUCCAUUUCAGAACCCCACCAGCACCAGCCAAGCGCCAUCUCCGGGACCUUCUGAGACAGAUGCUCCAGCAAGACUUGCUCAGAAACGGCCUCUGGCUUCUGACUUUACCAGUCCUGUGAUGAGCAAGAAGAGGCAAAUUGGUCACCAGCAGUUCACCAGUCACGUCCAGCCAGCAGCUGGUGGUCUCUCUUCUUCCUGGGUGCUGCCUUCCUCUGCCCUUUUUACUCAGAACGUGUCUCCAAGGGUUGGCUCCAUUUCCUCCUGCCCCCCUGAGGUGCACCACAGCGACAAGUUCCAGAGUUCUGGCAUCCCAGAGCCUGCCAGGGUGCAGAUGGAGAUGUCCAAUUCAACGGGGCAGAAAAACGAAUUGGGAAGGCUGAAGCAGUCACAUCCUUUGGAUUUCGAUGAAGCCAGUCCUUCUUCACCCUUGGUCUUGUUGGUGGUGGGGGUGCCCAAGUGCCUCUGGAGGUACCACCUUUAUACUGCCCAAGAUUUGAGUACUCGCAGAUCAUUCUGGCCCAUUGAUCCGAGCUUGUCCCAGAGCGCCACGAACAAGGACAUGGGAGUUCAGCAGCUCAUGCUCAAUGCCACGGGCUUCACUCAGGGCUCCUGA